CGACGUAUAAACGUAGGCUAGAAAUAAAGCAAGUUACUUUCCUGUACAAACUGGGUGCAUUUGUCAAAAUCAAGAUUAUUGAAAAAAAAAAAAAAGAAAAAAGAAAAAAGAAAAAGAAAAGAAGAAGAAGAAAAAAUAGUCACCAAUUUUAGCGCAUACAGCAAAGUUGAUAUUUGCAUUGGUUUGCGUGCGUGACAACUGUUACGUGACGCCAAAUUGCUUUGCGUGAAUAUCCUAUAUUUAGUCGUUCUCAGACUUCUCAGACUCUGCAAUGGCAAUCCAACAUGGCCACCGCAUCAUCAACAACAGUUCAGGAUCUUGGCAACUUACAAGACCUUUCCAAAAAAGAGAAAACCUUCUUUGUGAAUGGUCUGAAAGAUAGAAAACUUUUUCCUGCACUUCUAGAGCCAGAUAAACACGACUGGCUGUCAUCGCAUUCGGAGACAAAACAGUCGCACAAUUCUUGGUGGCAAAGACUACAAACUGCCAUUCCGCCAUCACGAAAAGACAAGAAAAAGAUAGGUCUUGUACCUCUAGGCGGUGAGUGGACGCAGUCUGAAGUGGAAAUAGAUAAAAACGGGAAGAAAGAGAGUUUCUUGUCGUUGCUUCAGCAUUUCGCAGCUGUCUUCUUUACGGGUUUUCAAGUUGAUGUCCUCCCGCCGGUGUCUAUAGGGAAACUCAAGUGUAAAACGCGAAUGAACGGUGGAACACUUCAGUUAUACAUUCCAGAUGUCUAUAAAUACUUACAAGCUAAAUGGCCUCCUGGUGCUUUUUGCGUUGUCGGAAUCACAAUGAUUGAUCUCUACCCCAAAGAGAGUUGGAAUUUUGUGUUUGGGCAAGCUAACUCCUCAAUUGGUGUGGGUGUGUUCAGUUUUGCAAGAUACAAUCCACUUUUCUACGAGGAUGAUCCCGAGAAAAGGGUGUCACUCUGUACAAGUACCCUUGUGCUAUGGAGGAGUUGCAAGGUGAUGGUUCAUGAGAUUUGUCAUUUGUUCUGUCUGCAACACUGUGUCUACUUUUCUUGUUGUAUGAAUGGCAGCAAUCACCUAGAGGAGUCGAACAACCGUCCAAUGUUUAUGUGUCCAGUCUGCCUUCACAAGUUGAAGUCCUGGCUGGGUUUUGAUGUGAAACAGAGGUAUCAAGCAAUGCUGGAUUUUUGUACAUCAAUUAAAGAUGAACACUUUGAAGGAAGUUGUCGUUGGUUAGAGAAAGCAAUUGAGGAACUUUCUUGAGUUUCAUUUAUGCCACGUUAACAAUAAUUAUCUCCUCAGAGCUUUAUUAUCUAGCUCUCUGCACGCACUGCAGGCCUA